CAACCCUAGAGUCCACCAAUUGCAGCAAAGGACUCGUGGUCACGUGGCCUCUUCCUCUCCCGAGGAGAGUCAACAUGGCGGCUUAGCGAGCUGUAGCUGCAAGAUUUGAAUUAGUCCACUUGUUGCGGCAUCCCACGGAUGGCGUCUGCGGCCGUGUGCGAUCCGCGUCGGAGCCCAUACGAGCUCCCCGGGGACGCUUCUUCACAGGAAGAUGAGGACUGCGUCUCCUCCGCGAGCAGCGAUUAUGAUGACCUUGAGCCUGAAUGGCUGGACAAUGUGCAGAAAAGUGGAGAGCUGUUUUAUUUAGAAUUGAGUGAAGAUGAAGAAGAAAGCCUCCUUCCUGAGACACCUGCUGUGAACCGCGUCAGGUUCAGUGAAAAUGAGAUUAUCAUUGAAGGGGAUGAUUACAAAGAAAGAAAAAAGUAUGAGCCAAAACUCAAGCGGUUCACUAAAAUUUUAAAAAGUAAAAGACUUUUACCCAAGCGCCACAAUAAAAAAAAUAGCAAUGACAAUGGGCCAGUAUCCAUUCUAAAGCAUCAGUCCAAUCAGAAGACAGGAGUCAUUGUCCAACAGCGGUACAAAGACGUGAAUGUUUAUGUAAAUCCCAAAAAGCUUACUGUCACCAAAGCUAAAGAGCAAUUCAAGCUUCUAGAAGUGUUGGUUGGAAUUAUCCAUCAGACCAAGCGGAGCUGGCGAAGGACUGGAAAACAGGGUGAUGGAGAGAGGCUUGUGGUCCAUGGCCUGCUGCCAGGAGGAUCUGCUAUGAAGAGUGGCCAGAUAUUAAUUGGUGACGUUCUUAUUGCUGUGAAUGAUGUUGACGUGACCACUGAAAACAUAGAGAGAGUUCUGUCUUGUAUUCCUGGACCUAUGCAGGUGAAACUGACACUUGAAAAUGCAUAUGCUGUGAAAAAGGAAACGACUCAACCAAGACAGAAAAAGGCACAGUCGAACAUAAAUGAUUUAGUUAAACUUUUAUGGGGAGAAGAGGUUGAAGGUAUCCAGCAGAAUGUCCUCAACACUCCCCAUAUUAUUAUGUAUCUCACACUGCAGCUUGACUCAGAAUCAUCAAAGGAAGAGCAGGAAAUUCUUUAUCAUUAUCCAACAUCUGAAGCAGCUCAGAAACUGAAAAGCGUGAGAGGAAUUUUUCUCACACUCUGUGACAUGCUGGAAAAUGUAACUGGGACACAAGUUACUAGCUCAUCCCUCUUUUUAAAUGGGAAACAAAUUAAUGUAGCUUAUUGGAAAGACUCUGACAAGUUGUUGUUAAUUGGCCUGCCUGCUGAAGAAGUCCCUCUUCCUCAGCUAAAGAAUAUGACAGAAAGUGUUGUCCAAACCUUGAAAUUUAUGUAUGGCUCGUUAGAUAACGCCUUUUGCCAGGUUGAGAAUGUUCCUCGUUUGGAUCAUUUUUUUAACUUGUUCUUCCAAAGAGCACUUCAGCCUGCCACACUGCAUGCCAAUGCCAGUGCCCAGCAGUAUGAUGCUUCCAGUGCAGUACUUCUAGACAGUCUUCCUGGAGUUCGGUGGCUCACACUUCCACGGGAAGUCAAGAUGGAAUUAGACACGGCAUUAAGUGACUUGGAGGCUGCAGAUUUUGCAGAACUGUCUGAGGAUUAUUAUGACAUGAGGAGGCUAUAUACCAUUUUGGGGUCUUCUCUAUUUUACAAGGGUUAUUUGAUAUGCAGCCAUUUGCCUAAGGACGAUCUUAUUGAUAUUGCUGUAUACUGUCGCCACUAUUGCUUGCUGCCUUUAGCAACAAAACAAAAAAUUGGUCAGCUGAUAAUAUGGAGAGAAGUGUUUCCUCAACAUCACCUCCAACCUUCUGCAGACUCAAACGCUGAAGUCUUUCAGGAACCUGAAGGGAGAUAUUUUUUGCUAAUUGUUGGUUUGAGACAUUAUAUGUUAUGUGUACUAUUAGAAGCUGGAGGCUGUGCAUCAAAAGCUAUUGGGAAUCCUGGGCCAGACUGUAUAUAUGUGGAUCAAGUUAAAACCACUCUUCACCAGCUGGAAGGAGUAGAUUCCCGCAUAGAGGAAUGGCUAGCAUCUUCUCCAGGCCCCUGUUUGUCUUGUGCUGACUGGUUCCUUGUUGGAUCACGUGAAAAAACAGAUAGUUUUACUACUUCACCUAUCUUAAGCAAACUACAAGGUACUUCCAAAGUAGCAACCUCUCCAACAUGCAGAAGAAACCUUUUUGGUGACUAUUCUUUGAAGACACGUAGGCCCAGUCCUUCCCGAAGCAGUGGAGGAUCUGACAAUGGUUGUGAAGGUGGAGAAAGUGUUGGCCUGAGUCCCCACAAUGCACUGGAUGUGGUACGGAAGCAAAGAGAAUCUCAGGGCUCUGAUGGUUUAGAAGAAAGUGGGACCUUUCUUCAGCUCACUAAAAAGAAGUCUGCUCUUCCAAAUCCAUUUCACUUGGGAAACUUGAAAAAGGAGCUCUCAGAAAAAGAACUGGAAAUAUAUAACAGUAUGAAAUUGACAUCUGGUCCUGAGAACACACUUUUCCACUAUGUUGCCUUAGAAACAGUACAAGGAAUCUUUAUUACUCCUACCCGUGAAGAGGUGGCACAGCUAAGCGGCUCUAUUCACUCUCAGCUAAUAAAGAAUUUCCAUCAGUGUUGUCUUUCUAUUCGUGCAGUUUUCCAACAAACAUUGGUGGAAGAGAAAAAGAAAACAUUAAAUAGUGGUGAUCAUUCGGGUUCUACAAACCCAAUGUCAUCUCUUAAGCCUGUGAGAGAACAUGGUGUACUGUUUGAAUGCUCACCUGAAAACUGGACUGAUCAGAAAAAAGCACCACCAAUUAUGGCUUACUGGGUAGUAGGGAGACUCUUUCUCCAUCCAAAACCUCAAGAACUUUACGUCUGUUUUCAUGAUUCAGUCACAGAAAUUGCCAUUGAAAUGGCUUUUAAAUUGUUCUUCGGAUUGACCUUGUAGCUGUUAUUCCUGAUGCACAGCAACACAAGCAUGGAACAUUGAACACUACUAGAUUGCUGAAAUCCAUACACAAAACGAUAAGGUUUAGCUGCUUUCAACCAUUCAGUAUUGAACAUAAACUUGUUAAGUACUAAAAUGAAAUGCUCUUGGAUUUGAUGCAUUGAAUCUUACAUAUUGUAGA